AUGAUAACACAUCGAUGCGGUGGAAAAUUGGAAAUUGAGAAAUUUUUCUGUUUUACAAGUUUACAACUAAAAGUUUUCAGUUAAAAAUUAGUAAUUAUCUGCUUGUAUUUAGUUUUAUCAAGAUAGACACAUUCUACAUUCUUCUACUUAAAUCUAGAUUCCAAUCAUGCCACUGUCAUGUCGAUUUUAUUCCGAUCGCUAUCCCGAAAUAGAUGAUGUUGUCAUGGUCAAUGUACGAAGCAUCGAAGAAAUGGGUGCCUACGUCCAUCUACUGGAGUAUAACAACAUAGAAGGCAUGAUAUUACUUUCUGAAUUGUCUCGAAGACGUAUACGUUCGAUAAAUAAGUUGAUUCGUAUUGGCAAAACCGAACCAGUAGUUGUUAUCAGAGUUGAUAAAGAAAAAGGUUACAUAGAUUUAAGUAAACGACGUGUAUCUCCGGAAGAUGUUGAAAAAUGCACCGAUCGUUUUUCAAGAGCUAAAGCAGUUAAUUCUAUUCUCAGGCAUGUGGCCGAAUUAUUGAAAUUCGAAAACGAUGCUCAACUUGAAAAACUCUACCAGCAGACUGCCUGGUUACAUGAAGAUAAAACUAAAAAGAAGUCUUCCGCUUAUGAUUUUUUUAAGCAAGCUGUUCAUGAUCCGAGCAUUUUAGACGAAUGUGGAUUAACCGAAGAAAUGAAAGAAUUACUCAUUAGUAACAUCAGGCAGAAAUUAACCUCGCAAGCUGUAAAAAUUAGAGCUGAUAUCGAAGUCGCGUGUUACGGUUAUGAAGGUAUCGAUGCUGUCAAAGCUGCUUUGAAAUGCGGGUUGUUGUGUUCUACCGACGAUAUACCUAUCAAAAUUAAUCUUAUUGCUCCUCCAAUUUACGUUAUGACCACGGCUACGCCGGAAAAAGCUGAGGGUUUGAAAGCUUUGCAGACCGCUUGCGAUGAAAUUCAAAAAGCCAUUCAACAGUACAACGGAGUUUUUCAGAUUAAAAUGGCGCCGAAAGUCGUUACCGCUACCGAUGAGGCUGAUCUUGCUAGACAAAUGGAGAAAGCCGAAGCUGAAAAUGCCGAAGUUGCUGGUGACGAUGAUGAAGAAGAUGAAGAAGAAGAGGAUGAUGAUGAUGACGAUCAAGAUGAAGAUGAUGAAAAUAUGGAAAAUGGAAAUGCAUCGGAUGAAAAUUGAGAUUAUUAUUAACACAAUUUAUUAUAAUUUAUUUGUGAUAAAAGUUUUUAUUGGA